UAUUGAUACCUUCAUGCACAGCUUCUAGGACCUAUCAUUUAAGCUUUAGAAGCUAUGCAGGGUUAUUCACAACAAAUGAAAAAGUUAUAAAUUUCAUAAUAUAUAUUGCUUCUCCUAAAUAUAAUGGACUUGAGGCAUAG